UCGGAAUUUUUAGUUUUCUCCAAACAAAUGGGCUUUUUAUUACGAUAUUGGGCUUAACUAUUCCUGGCCCGUAAAUAAAUCAAUGUAACGACAGCGUAUUCUAGUCAAUAUCUAUCCAGUAAAAAGAUAGAAAAAACACACAAUAUUGAAUAUUCUCUGCCUCGGAUCCACGCAACUAUCAACCCUAGUCAGAUUCAACACUAACCACAGUUAACACAAACCCUUUUAAUCUUCCUCCACGUGUCCAAAUCAACGGUCAAACAAAAUCUUUCAUCGUCUAUAUAAAACACUACCAAAACCCUAAUCUCUUUCACACAAAUCACAAAACCUAAUCUUCUUCUCCAAUCAAUCUCAGAAAACAAAAAAUGGCACCAAACCCUAAAGUUUACUUCGACAUGACCGUCGGUGGUCAACCAGCUGGUCGUAUCGUGAUGGAGCUUUUCGCCGACACAACACCAGAAACUGCCGAGAAUUUCAGAGCUCUCUGUACCGGAGAGAAAGGAAUCGGAAAAUCCGGUAAGCCAUUACACUACAAAGGGUCAAGCUUUCACCGUGUGAUUCCGAAAUUCAUGUGUCAAGGAGGUGAUUUCACCGCCGGGAAUGGUACCGGAGGUGAAUCUAUCUAUGGACUGAAGUUCAAAGAUGAGAACUUUGUCAAGAAACACACAGGACCAGGUAUUUUGUCUAUGGCUAACGCUGGUAUCAACACUAAUGGAUCUCAGUUUUUUAUUUGUACUGAGAAGACUUCAUGGCUCGAUGGGAAACAUGUUGUGUUUGGUCAAGUUGUUGAAGGAUUGAAUGUUGUUAGAGAUAUUGAGAAGGUUGGAUCUGACUCUGGAAGAACUUCUAAGCCUGUUGUUAUUGCUGAUUGUGGUCAGAUUUCUUAGAUCUCUCUGAGAGAGAGAGAGUGAGAGGUUGAUGAUGAUCUACAAUGGUAGCUUUGUGUUGUUUUCUUUUCAUGUUUUGUGUUUUUGAUGUUUCUUGCUUUUGUGAACUUUGAGUUUGGUUGCUACCAUUGAAUAAUAAUGAGAAUAAAUCUUUAGGCUAUUA